AUGGCAACUAGUAAAGCUGCCGCUGCCCAUAGCACCGCCCCUAUCGCUACCAUCGAAUAUCGUGGCAUAGCAAGGCUACCAAGUGGCAAGUGGCGCAGUUACAUCGUCAAUCGAGAUGGCUGGUCUUUUGAUGUUGGUGAUUUUGGGACAACAGAGGAAGCAGCACUCGCACAUGAUCGGGCCAUACUUGCCAUCCUAGGACCAAACACAUCUGCAAUGGUGCUCAACUUCCGAGCCGCAUUCAGCGACACAGAGCUACGGUUCCUACAUGGUCGCCAUGCACCGGCGAGGCCCGCAGGCGUCAUCGCCAUGGUGUGUAUGAGUGGAGAUGGCAGCUAUGAUGCCGAGCUUGCUCGGUUCUCAGCGCGUGCAUUUGAUGCAUACAUGGACCCUGAGCUAGCACUCGAUGUGGCCAACUUCCGUGUUGCACAUGGUGACAUGCUACACCGUCUGAAGGAGGAGGCUACUGCCACAAUUGGCACCAAUGCCAACCAAGUGGCAUGUGCUAAGGCGGAGCUGGAUGUUGAGAGGAAGGCGUUUGUGGAGGCCACCAGAAACAAGGCCACUAACAAGACUUGGGUUGAGACAUACCACAAACGACAACAACAAACUGGUCCGACAUUUGAGGACGAGAACAGGUGGCCUCAGGUAUUACCCAUUGCCGAUGUCCAUGUAGAUUGGUUCCCUGGAGAAGAGCUAAUCUACAUGCCUCAUGGCAGUAGCCAUGUCGAUGAGAUGAUCCUAGGAAACACCCCAAUCAAGAACACCAAACCAGAUGCAUGCAUGCCGGAUGAUUUUUUGAUUUGA